CGGGCGUUUCGGGGUGCUCGCUGUGUCAAUAAUACGGAUUCGUGCUCUGGUGUGGAGGUUCUGCAGGAAGUAUAACUUGAUGGGAUUGCCCCUCCAUGCAUCUCUGCUUUUGUCUUUCUGUCUUUUUUCCCCUUCCUUGUUCUUUCCUCUUUUCUCUAUCUUGCAUGCAGCGGGGACUUAUGCUUUCUACUCUAUAUUGAUCCUCUUUAUUUUUAUUUGUUCAUUUGCUGUACCUUGCUUGCAUUUUACAGUCCCCGGCUCCCUGUCACCCCUGCAUCAUGUCCAACCAGAAUGAACUCAAUACAUACUUUGGGCCAGACGCCCUCAAAAAGUACUUUGAUCCCGAUUCCCAACCGCCUCUCCCGCUAGUGGAAAUUCCUGCACGGUUGAACCCUUUCUAUGAUUAUGGCGUGCGGAUAUACGCAAAGAUGAUGACCAUGCACCCGGCCAACAACGUCAAGGCCAUGCCCGCGAUGAACAUGUUACAGAAGCAGGUGGUGCCGGAUCAAACCCAGACCAUCAUCGAGUACAGCUCGGGGUCGACGGUCAUCUCCAUGUCGAUGAUCGCUCGCGUGAUGCACGGGAUCGAUGACACGCGCGCCUACCUAAGCAACAAGACCAGCGAGGCCAAGCUGCGCCUGAUGCAGUUCUUCGGACUUAACAUCAUGCUGUUCGGCGGGCCGUCGCAGCCCGAACCCUACGACGAGCGCGGCGGCAUCCAGAGUGCGCGUCGCAAGGCCAAGCAGUCGGAGGACAUCCUCAACCCCAACCAGUACGAGAACAACGACAACUGGCAGGCCCACAUCCGCUGGACUGGGCCCCAGAUCUUCAAGCAAUUGCCCGAGAUCAAUGUGCUCUGCGCCGGGAUGGGCACCUCGGGCACGAUGACUGGGCUCGGAACCUACUUUAAGGAGGCCAAGCCCUCGGUGUACCGUCUGGGUGUGUGCACCGCCGCGGGAGAUCGGGUCCCCGGUCCCCGGUCCUUUGCUCUGAUGAGGCCGGUCGAGUUCCCGUGGAAGGAGGCUGUCGACUCCAUCGAGGAAGUUAAUUCGCCGGACUCGUACUCGUGGUCGUUGGAUCUUUGCCGCGAGGGGAUCAUCUGCGGGCCCUCGUCCGGGUUUAACCUCAGGGGCCUCUUCCAGAUGCUGGAGAAGCGCAAGGCGGCGGGGACCUUGUCCGAGCUGGCGGGACCGGAUGGGCUCAUCCAUAGCGUGUUCCUGUGCUGCGAUCUGCCCUACCAGUAUAUCGACGAAUACUUCCAAAAGUUGGGUGAUGAGAAGUUCCACCCCAUUGUCAACGAGCAAUUGACAAAAGUGGACCUGUACCGAUAUGACGAGAGCUGGGAGCGCAGCCCGGUGGUGCUGUUCACGAAUUUCUACGAUACCCCCCAGGCCCUCCCGCAGGGGCUGCUGAACACCCUCGUGUUGCGCCCGCAAUGCUGCGUGUUAGACCUGCGAAAGGCAGUGGACUUCGGGUCAUGGCACCUCCCCGGGUCCAUCAACCUGUCCCUGCAGAGCCUGGAGUCGCCCCGUGCAAAGCCAUUCGCCGACCCGCGGGUGCUGGAGGCGCAGUGGCAGGAGCUCGACCAGCUGUUCCAGCCGGGCGACAUCGUCAGCACACUCAGUGAACAGCACGUGCUGGUGAUCUGCUACAAUGGUGACACCGCGCGGGUAGCUACCAGCGUAUUGCGAGCCAAGGGGAUCCAGGCGGAUAGUCUGCGUGGAGGCUACCAGGCACUGCGCGACCAUGGCCUGUGGGGAAAUACGACCCUCCCUCUCUUAAAGUCAAUGAUUGUGGUGAUGCUAUCCAGCAAGAUGCUCGAUGAUGGCCAUACAAUUCUUCCCCCCUUAGGCCCCUUCUUCUACGCCCCUCUCCCGUCCCCUCCCCAGGCUGCCCUGCCCCUUGACCCUGAUCGAUAA